UCCUUAUAAAUAUGGCGAGCACGAAUCGAAACGCCGUUUGUUUUCUGCUUUGUCCCGUCUUGGUCGAAACCUCAAAUGUAUAAGUAGACGGACGACGCCGACGGGGUUUUUUUUUUUUUUAAAAAAAGGAUAGUUUUACGUUUUGUUUCGUGUUAAACCAGUGAAACUACUUCAUUGGACGUCAUGAUCUCCUCAACAAUAAAAGUGCUGUUGUGUGUUCUAUUUAUGAUAAGCUUUUCCCAGUCAAGGCCAAGAUAUCCAGGUCGAUCGGAUAUUGAUUAUUACUCUCCUGCUAGUUACUCAUACAAGUACGGCGUACACGACCCGACGACAGGUGACAUAAAGCAUCAAUCGGAAGAGCGAACGGGCGAUGUGGUCAGAGGUCAAUACAGUCUGGUGGAGCCGGAUGGUACGAUUAGGACAGUGGACUACACGGCCGACCCAGUGAAUGGAUUCAACGCGGUAGUCAGCAAGUCCGGCAAGGCUCGCCAUAUAGUGCCCGAGAAACCUCUGCCCGUACCAGUGGCCGUUGCAGUGUCUGUGCCUCAACCCAGGCCAGUUCCAUACGUAUCCAAAGGACCGAUAACGUUUCCAAAAAGCGUUCAAGAAGACUUGACGGCUGGCGCUCCGGUUUAUCAAGAAUACUACGACGCAGACGCUGGUGCUGCUUAUGACGUUAACUAUCGUCGUUACAUACAACAACCCAAUUACUACACAGAAUACUUAAAUUAUUAGAAUUUUAAUAAAAUAAUUAAAUUACGAUUUUUUAAUUACAGGUUUUUAUUUAUAUAUUUAUUAAUUAAUAAAACAAAACAAACACAAUGAAUUUAUAUAUUGUAUUAAACAGCUCAGUAUUUA